AUGAACAUUCGUUUCAUAAGAGCGGCAGAGAAGAGCUCGAAGCAUGGUGAAGGAGAACGAAUACAAUCUUUAGUAGCAGUUAUUCGAGAUCGAAUGAAAAUUCAAGAAAAGAAUAAGCCUGAGAUUUUCGAGACGAUACGUACCGUAUUUGGCGUUGAUGAGCGAACGCAGCAGGAGGCGCUAAAGCAGGUGAAGACCAGCAUUUUAGAAGGUAGCAGCAAAUGGAGUGCAAAAAUUACACUUACUGUAAUUUGCGCGCAAGGAUUGAUUGCAAAGGACAAAACUGGCAAAAGUGAUCCAUACGUGACAGCGCAGGUUGGUAAAGUUAAACGACGAACGCGCACUAUUCAUCAAGAGCUGAAUCCGGUUUGGAACGAAAAAUUCUAUUUCGAAUGCCACAAUUCCACAGAUCGCAUAAAAGUACGUGUUUGGGAUGAGGACAAUGACCUGAAGUCAAAGUUAAGACAAAAGUUGACGCGAGAGAGCGAUGACUUCCUUGGACAGACCGUAAUUGAAGUGCGAACACUGUCAGGAGAGAUGGACGUUUGGUACAAUCUCGAAAAGCGCACGGACAAAUCGGCAGUUUCGGGUGCAAUUCGCCUGCAUAUUUCUGUAGAGAUCAGAGGAGAGGAGAAAUUGGCAUCGUAUCAUGUACAGUACACUUGUUUACAUGAACAUCUUUUCCAGGCGAUGUGCAUAGAGAACGAUGAACUAAAACUGCCAGAUGCUAAAGGUGAAGAUAGUUGGAAAGUGUAUUUUGAUGAUGUUGGUCAGGAAAUAGUU